UCUCAUCGUCCUCACCAACUUUCACUUUGCUCUCUCGUCCUGCACAACCACCGUGACAGGGGAACGAAACACAAUUUUCCUCCAGUUAAGCUCCAAAGUUACGAAUCCUUCUUGUUGUUCCAAACCACCAAUUUUCCCAACAAUUAAAAUAAUUGCAUAGUUUUAGAAUUGUAAACAACAAACAAGAACAGCGGUUGGUCGACUUGAAUUCCCAACUAAAUUAUUCAUCCAACUGGUAGAGAAGGAUAUUGAGAUUGCCUCAUUCAAAAAGUAAUUAACAUUGCAUAUUGGGCAUUUAAGUAAAUAUUCAUUAUUGGACAUAGCCAUAUGCUUUCACACAUGUGGGUCAUCAUGUCCUUGCUGAAGUAACUUUCUAAGCAAUAUACACAACUCUCCCUACAUAAUUUUCUACCCAGUCAAGUGUGUGAUGUGAGUGAACAGCAUAAAGAAAACUUGAAGAAUUGCCUGGACAGACCUUCACCUUACUUGUCCGACCGUCAACUCUCUCUCAUUUGUACCCAUCGUCUCACUUUUGCUCAACUUUCUCAGUACAAAACUUUGGUGUAGAAAAAAAAGUUGUAUGCUCUGCUGGUGGAAUAUGUACUGUACUGCAGCAGGCCCAGCCGAGUGUAUGUGUAGCAACUUUGGUGUAUCUCUUCUUGAUUAUCGUUCCACAAUUCCAGAGUAAAAAAAUGGGGUCUAAAGCGAUUCUCGAGAACAAAAGCUCCUUGUCAAAUUUAAUAUCCCCCGUAAGUCCUCCGACGUCAGCUUGCUCCUCGUCCGAUUUUUCGGGAUUCCAUCUCCCACCAGCGACUACCCGGAUUUACCCUUACUCCAAUUUUGUAGGAAAAAAUAAUACCAAAUUUAAACAGAGACGAAAUCGGAACGGCAACAAUUCGUCGCAGCAUGGACUUCUCUCUGCUUUCUUCUGGUUUGCACUUGGCACAUUUAUUUCUGUCCUUGUCAUUUUCAUCGCAACACAAACCUUGGUGCUGGACCUAACGUCGUCAUCCACAAAAAAACAUUUAUGUGAACAGCAACCGCAAGGACAAGAAGAUAACAACCUCACAGAUUCUGCCUCCAAUGGAGACAAAUGCUUCAGAGUCGAGUGUUUGAAAGCAGCCUCGCGAAUUAUGCAUCGAAUGGAUCAAACACAGCAACCGUGUGAUGACUUCUACCAAUUUUCUUGCGGCCGAUUUAUAGCUCAUAAUGAAAUACCAGACGACAGCUUCCAACGGUCCACCUUGCAGGAAAUGCAGGAAAGUAUCUUGGUCGACAUUAAAAAACUGAUUGACCAACCUGGGUCCGCUAAUGAAAACAUUGCUAUUCAAAAGGCUCGUCAACUGUAUACCUCUUGCAUGCACAAUAGCUUCAGAACUUCCCACUUUACGGAUUACAAGCAUCUGCCAAUUUACCAAGUUUUGAACGCGGAUGGCAUUGGAUUUUGGCCCAUUCUUGAGGGGUCAAAUUGGAACAAGUCCGAGUAUUCUUUAGAACGCCUGCUUGCACAACUCAUCUCUCAUCAAGUCCAAAGCAUAUUUGAGAUUUAUGUUACUCCAGAUGAUGUGGAUUCCUCCCAGUACCUCCUUCAGUUUUAUAAGGGGGAGCCGGCCAUGGAGAAAGCAUUUUUUCUCAAUUCCACCAAUCCGGAUUAUAUGAAGUAUUUUCGGUCCUACAAACGCUUGUUAUUGGAAUCCAUCUUAAUUCUUUCUCAGGGAAGUCCCACAGUUUCCUCGGAUGUUGAUGCAAUUCUCGACUUUGAGACCAAGUUUGCCAAGCUCUCUCAAGACUCCAGAUGCCACUUUGACGGGUUUAAUCUUGACUCAACGGAAGAUGAAACCAAUGGAAGAAUUACAAUUGCUGAAAUGAAGGCCAAAGUCCAAAAUAUUGACUGGCGUCUUUUGGUGCAAAAUACGUUUGAUGUGCUAAACAUUGAGAGAAAUGUGACGGACGAGAUGUAUGUUUACUUUCACUGCACAGAAUUUUUUCCCAAGUUGGUUGCACUUGUCAAUCAAACUGACAGCAGAACUGUCACAAAUUAUUUAGUCUGGAGAUUCGUAUUUAGGUACAUGCCAUUUCUGGGAAAUAAAUUUCUCCAAAUCUGGAGUGAAUUUAUGAAGGAUGUUCCUGACACCAAUGAAGAAAAACUUUAUUUGUCCAGAUGGAAAUAUUGUGCAAACAUUGUAAAUGAUGGUUUUGGUUUGACUGUGGCUUACCUCUACGUUCAAGAGAAUUACAAGAAAAGUACAGAGAUGAAAAUUAAGGAAAUGAUUUCGUACUUAAAACGGGCAUUUGAAAAAAUCAUUGUGGAACAGGCUUGGCUUGACUCUCGUUUCAAGCAGGAUGUCAUAGACAAGCUGCAAAACAUGGGGAGCAAAAUAGGAAUCCCAUCCUUCAUAUUGGAAGAGAAAGCUCUUGAGCACGAGUAUGAGGGGUUGGACUUCAAUGAAACAUACUUUCUCAUGAACAUUUUAAAAUUAAGGAGAUACGAAGUAUCAAAAGAGAUUCGGAAGGUUAACCGACCUGUCGACAAAGACAGAGACUGGUUGGUGCAGCCGAUGGUUGCAAAUGCUUUUCAUAAUCCCACUGCAAAUGAGAUUGUCAUACCACUUGGUAUUUUGAGAUACCCCAUGUUUGAAGAAAAUUACCCAAUGUACCUAAACUUUGCCAAUCUGGGGAUUGUAAUAUCUCAUGAGAUUACCCAUGGAUUUGAUCAUCAAGGCAGACAUUAUGACCGUGACGGCAAUUUCACUUCGAGUUGGUGGCCGGAUGAGGUGAUUUCUGCAUUCAAAACACAAGCGAUUUGCUUUGCUGAUCAGUAUGCAAAGUUUGAGAUGCCCAUGGUGAACACGAACGUGGAUGGAAACGAAACAUUGGCAGACAACGUGUGUGACAAUUCUGCACUGAGAGUGGCAUUUCUAGCCUAUCAACUCUGGGUUCAAGACCAUGGCGUUGAACCUUCUCUUCCAGGAGUGAACUUUACAAUUCCGCAAAUAUUCUAUAUUUCAUAUGGACAGAUUUGGUGUGAAGUACUCAAUAAGGAAGGUUAUGAGCAGUACGUCAGGGAUACUCACUCCCCUGGACAAUUCAGAACUUGGGGUGUUGUGCAAAAUAAUUUACACUUUCAUGAUAUAUUCAACUGCUCCAGCACAAGUUUCAUGAAUCCAAAGGAAAAAUGUAGCCUCUGGUCGUAACUCGGUUUGCCCAUACCAUUCAUGGAUUUUCGGGAAACGUGGGACGAUGAAGUUGCAUUCACUAUGUACAAUGUAUAUUGUAUACAAAAAACAUGAAAUUUCAAUGCCAAUAUUCUCUCACAAUGUCAUGAAAUACAUGCGAUCGUACGGCUGCAAGGGACAGAUUACGCCUAACAUCUUGUGAAUCUUCUCAAAUUUUGAAAAUAUCUCAGUGGAAAAACUAUAGAGAAAUAAUCUCGAGCGUGGGAACUUUCUAAAAUGAUUCUAAACUACUAGUAGGGGAUAACUGAGAUGCCGAAACGAAGUAUAUAUAUAAUCGUUGUUAUAUUUAAAUUGAGCAACUACCUUUGAUCAUUGAGAGACAAAUCGAUGGACAUUAUGUAAAACUGAUAGCUCGUAUUAUAAAUGGAGAACUGCAUGCGAAAUAGAUGAAGUAUGGAAUGAAACCCAUUCACUUGGGCAUGCAACGAGAUUAAAAAGUUGUUUUAAUUCUGUGAGGACAGUUCAAUGAAAAAUAGAUAGAUUUGCAUCAUGUACGGCAAAUAAUGAUGGUAAGUAAGUAACAAUGAUACAAUAUGAUAGCAAGUUUAAAAGUAUUUGGAAAUUUUACCUGAUGACCUGAGCAUUUUCCUAAAAGCUUUAUAAAUUAGUAGUUGAAAUUAGUACAUAUGUAUUAUUAUAUUGUGAUCCAAAGAGAUCUUCCGGUAUACUUAAGUACCAUAACGCACAGGUUUGUGAUAUAAUAAUGUGACACUCAAAAAUCACACUAAUUACUACAUGUAAAACAUACAUUGCAGACUUCAUUUAGCCCGAGUCAGGGUCAGAUUCGCUUCUGAUUUUUUAUUCAGAUGAUCUAACUAUGAAAGUGCCACUAUUAUGAAAUUAGGUAUGUAAAACUCGGCAAAAAUUGCCAUACGCAUGAGAUAGUCUUCGUUAUCAUCACCUACUUUCCCAGCAUGCAAAGUCUCAGGACCACUUUAAAGCCAUGUGAAUCACCCUGUCUAAAUCAAAUUCGUAUUCUGUAAAUACGAGAUGCACUUGCACCUUCAUGACAAAUUUUAGCUAGUUCUAACCAAUUUAAGAACCAGUGUGGGACCCUCUGACGGAAAUAUUUUUUAAUUUGACUUUAUAUUCUUGUGAAUGUGCACCUGCACCAUCAUGUCAAAUUUCUACGACGGCUUUUCAAUUUUGUGUCAAUCUUCGGACUCAUCCUACCGAAAUACGAUUUUUAAGUCAAAAUCGGUCCAGUGGUUUGUCCGCUAGCAUGUCACAGACGGACAGACAGACAGACAGGACGAUCCCACAAACCUUGACUCGGGCUAAAAAAUAGAUUUAUGCAAAAGAUUAUCUGGAUUAUAUAUCCAAGUGAAAUGUUUAGAAAUAGUGUAAUAUCUUUAUCCAAUAAAAAAUAUUCUCAUGUCCUUCUUUAUCUUACUACAUAGUUGAUGAUUAAUGAUAAACAACCCAAUGCAUUUCUAGUCACAUUUUAAAUUCAAAAAAUUAUGAAUGGUAUUUUAUGUGUGUUGAUUGAUUAAAACUCAAUAAAAUGGAUUAAGUAUUAUUUCAUGUAUA